GUGAGGCUCGAGCAGCCAGCGUCUCUGUUUGUUUAUUUUUGGCUGGGUGGACGGUGGGGCAGAGCGGUGGAAGUGGAAGAGGGGCUGGGUGGCUGAUAAUGAAUGAAAACCUCCUGCACGUCCAACGGGGAUCAGAUCGGUGUCACCCUAUUGUCCCACUGUGGCAAAGUGGGCGGAUAGCAGUGUCUCUGGCUGCCCAAUGGCAGGCACGACUCUCAUGAGAGUGGAGAGAGGCACUUUUCUGCCAUGCGAAAUCCCUAAAACCAUCAUCAUUCCGGCUCGGGAGCCCACAGUACUGUGUAACAGCCUCCGCCGCUCAGAGAUGUCAGAGCCAAUCUCAGCGCACACACGGCCCUGGGAGCUUGGAGCUGCGUAGAGACGGGGGAGACGCACAGCACAUCUUCUUCAUUUUGUGCGGGAAAAAGGACUUAAAAGCAGGAAUUAAGGAGUUUGUUUUUUCAUCCUGUCUGCGCCGAAGAUCGUGGCCAUUUGCUCAAUGUCAUCAUGAUCAUCUUCUCGUCGCGCAGUGUGCUGCUAUCAGUCUAUUACCCACAGAUCUUCCUCAUCCUGACGAGUGGCAGCUACCUGUAAGUUCGAGCCAAUUAACGAGCUCCUUAAUUAACUUCAGAGAGAGAGAGCGCGCGCUUCUCCUCUGCAGCACAAAGACGCACGGCUUUGGUUUUCCUUACCGUACACAACGAGCUUUAAUCCUUUUUCCUCAUCACUGAGUCCAGUUUAUGAGACAGUUUCUUCAUUUCUACGUUUCAGAAUAGAUUCAAAGUUGUGUCCGCUCAUCUAAGAGGGAGCAGUUGCAGCGAAAGUAGCGUGAAAUCUAAGCUGUAAAUGUGAUCAAAUUCUAGGAUUAUUUUCCCCCAAAAAACUUCUACAUGUUAUGCAAGCCUAAAACUCCUCAGUGGAAACCACGCCGGGGAAUAAUCGAGGAGGGAAUAAAUCGAUUAGGUUCGAUAAAGUGCCGAUGAGGAUGCCUUACGAGCCAGCUGUGAUGGUUUGCAUUUAGCUCUUGUAUUUCACAUUUUUGGAGGAAAAUGUUCAAGUAUCAGCUACAGAGAUUCAUUUUGGCCACAGAGUGGCAGAGAUGUUCAAGACAACCGGAUGCUGAGACUCCUGAGAGGAGAAUUAACACUUUAACCUGGAGACUUUUUACGCAUGCGAGCACCGUUAACCUGUCAGAGCGUGUGAGCGAUCAUCUCUGCGCAUUACCUCAUCUCUGGGUCAUUCUCACUAUUUCGAUGUUAUCAUUUGAACCCACAUCUUUAACAUUUCUGCCAGCAACAUGCACGUGAUUGACGCUCUAAUGCGCUGCGGCUUCGAAAUCAAACGAGAAUUGCUCUUGCAGGAGAACACUGGCUUUCUGAGAGCUUCCAAAAUAAUUACUCAGCCAUGCUGCCUCGCUCCUUCCUCUGCUGCCCGGAGACCCCAAACCUGAUGCUGAAAUAGAUGUGGUUUUUGGUUUUCUGUUAAAAGUGGCCUACACUGCUAAGUAUAGUGAUGGCGUGCAGAUUAAAACAUAGCAUUGUUUGUUUGGAUUAUUGAAGUAUGUCUUCUGUUCGGCAUUAACCACAGAAUAGGUUUCGUGAAGCAUAUUUUAGAAGUGGAAAUAAUGCAACAAGGCUUCAGAGCUGCAGGACUCGUGUUUUGGAUGUCAGACUGUAACAUUUGUGGAGCUGUGGGUGGCAAAUGAGCCGUCAGCAAAAGGAUCUCACCAUGCAGAGAUUUCAGACUAUUGCACUCCUCAAACUCAUUUUACAUUUUGUGCUUAAAGGGCAGUAAUCUGACCACCUUCACUCUGUUGUUGAUGUCCCACUGCAGACUUGUGCAGAAUGAGAUUAGAAAGCAUUUCCUUAAAUAGAUUCAUUUUCAGCUCUUGGAAAAAAAGAGGAGCGUUUAUCCGGUUGAAUAAGUAAAGUUGUGUCUCAGACAUUUUUGUCAGAUGCACGCCUGAGAGCAUAACAGUGUGUCACUUAUGUUCAAAGUGUUCAUGUUAUGGAGUAUAGGUGGCUGUCAGCACAUUUAAACACUUCAACAGCCCAAAAGACCAGAUGACCCAUCUGAUAUUUUGUAGUUUUGUUAAAUAUUAUGAUAUUAAACAGGCAAAAUUCUCUUUUAACUUUGACGCUUUAAUUUGGAUGUGAGGGGAGACUUGCUUUUCUGUAACCGGCCUGUAAAACAUAAACUGAAAAGUAUGUAAGCUUUAACGGUGAAGCUGCAAUCCCUACAGAAACUGCCCUCUAGAUUCAAAGAUUAACUAAACUUAAGGAAAUGCACCUUACAGGCCUGUUUCAGCAAAAUAUGAAGCCACCUGUUGCCUAGAGUCUCCUCCACCUGUGCACCACAGCUGUGAUCACAAACACAUGCUGUUGGAAAACAAAAAACAAAAAAACUGGAAGGCUGUGUAAAAUGUUGUUUAAAGAGAAUUUAGUGAUUUGCAUAUUUUUACAGUCAACAGUCAUCAGAAAUAGUGUAAAGACAACAAAUCAGAUGUUGAAACUAGUAAAUGUAACUGUGUGAUUAAAAAUAUUGACUCGUUUUUAAUGUGAUGCCCAAAACACGUUUCAAAACAAUUAGGAGAAGAAAAACAAAACACUGGAAAAGUUGUAAAACCCUGAAAAAAACAAACCUGAAACAACAUCUUGUAACUAAUUACUUAUAAAUUUAGUAACAUGUCUGAGUAUAAAAGGCACCUGAGUCUGAGUGUCUCAGAAGUAAGAGACACUGAGACUGGAUGAGGAAAUAGUUGAGGAAUUUGAGAAUAAUGUUAGAAUAAAGCUUGAAACUGCAAAGAAUAGAAGUUUUCAUCAUCAAGUAAAAGGUUUUAGAGAAUCUGGAGAAAUCUCUGUACCAAAGGGUCAGGGCUAAAAACUGAUACUGGAUGGCAUUAAAAACAGGCAUGACUCCGCAGUGGGAAUCCCUGCAUGGGUUCAUAUUUACAUCUAAAAACCACAAUCUGUAUGUCAUGAACUUGAUCUCUUUAGUUCUCAGAUAUUUACAGUGUCACUGAAACAAGAAGUGAUGCAACACAACAGCAAACAUGCUGCUGACAUCAACUUAAAAUGAGUUUCAACAUUUGAUAUGUUGUCUAUUCACAAUUUUCAAUAAAAUACAGACUUUAAAUGAUUUGCAGGUUAUCAAAUUCUGCUUUUAUCAACAUCUUAGACUCACAGAAUUAGGGCUUUAGAUGGUAUAAGCAGCCAGUUUAAACCCAUCACCCUCUGCAUCAGCUUCUACAUGGAUUAACUCACAAAUCCUACUCCUUUAUUUUAUUUUUUUGCAUGAACUUAUUAUUAUUUCUGUUAAUCGUAGCAACUAUGAAACAAAUUAGCAAUAUUUUCUAGUCUUGUUUGAGUUUCUUUUGUGCGUCUGUCUGAUGGUCAGUUUGUGACUCUGGGUAAUGUGCCUCCAAGCUGAAGCUGCACACACACACUCACUCACACACACACAUACACACACAGCACAUGCUAAGCAAACAGAAUCGCAUUUGUGCACUUUGAUGAUUUCAGGGCUUUAAAAGCUUAGCUGUGGAAUUCUCUGUUUGCUGUUGUCUAAGGUUUGCGUCGCUCGCCGUCGUCGACUGUGUUUCCAUUAAUAAGCAGGUGGACGACAUGAGAAAGUGCCAGGAGAGGAAGCCUGUUUGUUUAACUUGAAAACAUCAUUGUGCUCGAGUGUUCACUUUAAAGCGCUGCACUGACACAUCAGAGAUAUAAAUAACUCAAAUGCAUUUUUAUUGCCUUUGGAUAUAAACACACAAACCAGUUUCACUCCCUUUUUAACAUUCGUUGUGCAAGACUGAAUUUGUCUCCAGUUGCACAUAACUCGUCUUAAUGAGCCUGUCCUUUUUUGUUGGUACAGACUUCGUAUCAUUGUUGCCAUGAACAACCGCAUAUACAGCAGAGGGUCAUGGAGGGUCAAAGGAGUUCAAGCUUGUUUAACAGCACAGAGAGCAAAGAGGGUCUCAGAGCAGCAGCAGCAGACCGGAGUGUUUACUGCAGACGCUCACUGCACCUGAUGUAUUUCUGUCGUCUAUAUUUUAGAUGUUUACAAAGUUAUGAUGCUGAAAAAUGAAUAAUACUCUUCGUCUAAGUUUGCGGUAUGCAUUUACAGGAUCAUGUUUCCUGCAUUAGAAAGAAAAAAUCAGCUGCCUCUUGUAAUUUUGAGUGCAAGGUUUGCAAAAUUUACAUAUAAACAACGGCACUUUAACCAAAGUAUGUUGCCCUGACUGCAGAGGGAACAUGAGGAGAAUGUGUGCGGUCCUCAGUCUGCUGACAGAUACUGGACUCGCUGACGUUAAGAUUUAUUUGAACUUGUUUAUUUGUUGCUGAGAUUUGUUCUUCUGCCUUCUUCAGAGAAAGUUUAAAGAGUCACUGAAAAAAAGAAAAAGGAAUAUGGUUUUCUGAGAGCCAUCAGCAAUCAAAGAUCGCAUCUUUGUUCUUAGUCUGGGGUCUCCUUUAAAAAUCCUUGUCAUGCAGAUUUCUCAGAGAUCAUUGUUUCAGUUUCUCUUCUUCCUCCCUGUCUCUGCAGUUCUGACUUUUUCCUCUUUAUUUUGCCAUCUCUUCUCCUGAACACAACUCGCUGUCGUUAGUUUGCCCCGUUUGUGGUGAACCCUUUGGAGGUCUACGUCAUACUUCAAAGCCAGCGCUCAUUUCUGGCUCUCUGUCCCUGACAUGUUUGAAAAGUAUGUAUCUACAUGGUUUCCAGGGCUAUAAACAGAGCCAUGGAGGAACUUAGCGCUUUGUUUCGCUGUAAUCUGUUUUGGCUUUCUCAGUGGUUGCAGAGCCAUCUCUUAACAUUUGUUAUGAUAUUAUCACAUGAAGUGAUCAAGCUGGAGAAAGAUAUGUGUCAUUGACUGUGCAGCACGUUAGUAUCCUACAAAUUAAAGUGACCGGUGUUGGAAAACGUGCAUAUUUUCCAUGCAAACCAAUCUUAGGAUGUGGUUUGAAAAAAAGUAGUCCCUCAUGAGUUUUACAGGCAGCACUUUACACCCUGAAUAACUAUAAACACAGUUACACAAAUUAUACGGAAUAAAAUUUCGUGCGACAUUUGGUUAUAGAGUGAACCCUGCAUUUAUAUCUCAAAAUACUGAGCAAGUGUAUUUUCUCUAUGUGUGUGUGUGUGUGCAGGAGUGAAGUCUGACAUCCUUAAUCAAUUAAGACAGAAAACACUUUUCACUUAUUAGUCUUACACCAUUCAAAUCGAUGUGCAGAGGCUUUUUAAUGCAGCAAAUUAGCACUUUGUUUUCUCUCUCUGGGAUUCUUUCCUCUGCCAUUUCCCCUCCAUGUACAUUGAAGUUAAAUUAAUCACAGUAUGCAAAAGCAGAAUAGGUGUUUAUUAAUGGGAGUGUAGGGUAUUUUUAUUUCUACUGUGAGUGCAAAAAGUUGAAAAGAAAAAAAAUCUACUAAAACACUAAACACAUCAGUAUUUCUACUUUCGAUAACUUUGAUAUCUGUAGGCCAUUCAUGGUAUAGAUCUAGGUUUUCGGUUUUCAGUGAGUGUUCAAAUAAAAUUGUGUCGUGCCUAGGGUUAGUUAGGACCAUAUUCUGAAUCCCCAAAAAAGAGGACACGGAGUCACAGAGACGCGUGCAGCCAUCAGACUUUACAACUCUUCUGUAAAUUGUACAUGACUUUUUGACACAUUACAACUGAGGCUACAGACAAUUGAAUUUCCCUCUGGGGAUAAAAUAAAGUUAUUCUUAUUCUUGGUAAAUUUUGAGAGUUUUUUGGGUCAGGUCGAGUGUUUUUUAUGCGCUUCUAACUCAGUAAGUCCACGCGACACAAACUCAAAACUUGUUACAAACCUCUUUCAAAUGCUUUCUACAAUUUGCAUGCUGGCAAUCAGAAAAAAAAGUCCCUGAAGUUUUGGAAUCAGCUCAGAGCUCUGCUGUUGCUGUGAGACAGGUGUGUGUCCAGAAGGUUGACAAGGGGUGGCACUAGCCCCCUUAAAAUCUGAAUGCUACUCCAGGUGCCAACUAAAAAUCCUGAACUCUCAUCAGCUAUUUGAUUUGUCAGAGGCAGGAAUUAAGUUGAAAUCAACCAUUUUGGAAAGCAUUAAGAGGCUGGCAGUAAAUUUGGUUGUCUUUAAAUUUUGUUGGUACUUUUUAUAGUGAGUAUCAUCUUUUGAAGUCCUCAAGUUUGCAAGUCUGCAAAAUAUAAGAAAUGAUACAUGUGUGUGUGCACACUGGCCACCCCAGCUGGUAUCAGUGCCCCUGCAGGGUCAAAAAAUUGCGGAAACACCCCUGCUGCGAUGGAUUAAACUGCCAAAAAUGACCAAAAACAUGCCAGAUAUUCCAAGGACAGGUCGGCCGUGAUUGUCCCUCACGCCUCAUGUACACUACACAGGAAAGAGCAAGCAAACAGUCUGACACCCAAUUUCGUUGGACCCAAAGUUGACCCAAAAACAGGUACUGUAAAAAAGUUCUGAACAGCAGAAAGUCAGGGACUGUAGUCAAAUCACAUCAUCAUCAUUAAACACUGCGAAAUGUCAGUUUUUCCUCAUGUUCCCUGAUUCACCUCUAAUCCUUUAAACAGUAAAUCUUGGUGCAGAGCAGCUUUCACUUUGGGACAGAACAUGCAUCAAUCACUGUCUGAACUGAAUCCUGUUGUGGAAAGACUCACAGAAAUGAGUCAGCCAGACCAUCCUGUGGAAGAUGUGACAAAGUCUUUGUUUGUGUGUUUGUCUGUGAACUACAGACAUACGUGCCCAUGUGUUGUUUUCAUGCAUAAAUUGAUUGAUGUAUUUGCAUGUGUCUCUCACCUUGGCAGGGCCCUGUCUUCGGUGGUGGCUCUGGGUGCCAACAUCAUCUGCAACAAGAUUCCUGGGCUGGCACCUCGCCAGCGGGCCAUCUGCCAGAGCCGCCCAGACGCCAUCAUUGUUGUGGGCGAAGGGGCUCAAAUGGGCAUCAAUGAGUGUCAAUACCAGUUCCGGUACGGGCGCUGGAACUGUUCGGCGCUGGGAGAGAGGACGGUCUUCGGUCAGGAGCUGCGAGUAGGUCAGUCUGGGUUCAACCGAAAAUGAGAAAACCACAGUCAGCAUCUAUGUUUUCAUUUUUCUGUUGUGUGUAUCUACACCUUUAUGGCUGAACUUUUGAGCACCUUUCUGAGCUGCUGGGUCAGAAUAUAUUUCAAAAAAGAGAAGCCAGCUCUGCAAGUUAUAGUACAAUUUAGUUGAACUUAUUUGAGGGUUUUACAAAGACUAGUCAGUCAUGAUUCUCAGGGUUAGAUCGGAUGAAAUGGUUAAUUUUCCUGUAAACAUCCUCAACUCUGCAAGUUUCCCUGCUUUCCCUGAAAUAUGUGCUGUAUAGUGGAGCUUUUCGCAAACUCUUGAACAAAAGAAGAAACAUAAGCGUAAAUUGGGCCCCAUUGUCUCUGUGUUAUUUAGGUUAGGAUAAAGUAAGUUUUACUUAUAAAGAGCUUAAAACUGAAAAAAGCGAUAAAACCAUGAAAAGGUUAUGACACAGGACUUGUGAUUGGUUGAGUAAUACUUAAAGCUCCUGUGAGGAGUUUUUUUUAACAUUAAUGAAACAGACUGAAAUUCAGACUGAUGUCUUACUGUGAUAUACAAAACCAUCGGCAACAAGACUAAGAAUUUUUAUUUGUAAUUAAUUAAUACCUGAAAGUGGUGCAAAGGGGUAGGUGUUAGUGAAGCAGCUGAAGAAACAGUCCUGAUUUUAAAAUUUACUUGAUGAUAAAUAAUAGAAAUGUCUGUGAAAAGUAAACAGGAUAAGAUUUUGUCAGAAGGGACUACUAAGGCUAAGUUAAGACCUCUUUGUCAACAGAGGGCACCAAAAUUGAGGAAAACCUGAAGUUCCUCACAGGAGCUUUAGAUUAGAUUUGGUUGGAUUUUCCUUGAUUCAUCCCUCAGUGGGGAAAUUAAGUCGUCGUUAACAGCAGCGGUACACAACAUACACAUUCAUAACGGGUACAAAAAACAAAUAAAUAAGAUAAAGAACUACGGUAAAAAACAAAGAGCAGUGCAAUCGAAGAACAGUAUUCAAGGCAAGAAUAAGAAAUAUAUAAAAGAAAAAAAAAGAUCAGAACUUGAACUGUCAUCAAAAUAGAAAAAGUCUUUAAACACAUGAAGAAUUCAGGAAAAUUUGUAAGAUUAGUAAUAGCUCUGGACUAGCCCGUGUCUUUUUUUUCCCAGUUGAUCUUUAAAUGUAAUUGAACCCAGAAAAUUGGGAUUUUGUGUGUUUGUGGGAUGCAAAACGGAGGAUGUUUUUGGUUGUCAUUUGGUUAUAAUAAUGGAGUUGACGAUGAUAAUACCAGUGAAUUUCCUAUCGAAGAGGGAACGGCGGUUACGUAACUCGUGUUUGGAGCCAUGUUAUUGUCUUACUUUUAAGUAAGAGUGCAACGAGUGGAUCACAAAUGUGGUACCAGCACCCGGCCCUCUGAGCCCCAUGAAAUACGGCUCUUUACAAGCCAAACCCAAGCCGCACACAUCACACAGUCAAAAUUCAAACCAGCAAGUCUCUUUGACUCUCUAUUGUAUAACCAUUUUUGUUGGCAUUGAUCAAGGGAACUGCAUAUACUGCUGAUUCCAGGCUGUCUUAGUUGUACUCUCUUUUGUCAAUAUUCCUGUUUCUUCAGCGUACUCUGGUUUCUGUUGAUGAAUGCUAGUCUACCGCUAAGCAUUACUAGUUACUAUACAGUUACAGAAAAGUAUCAAACGGCCUCUACAGGGGGAGUGUAUGGUUGAAAGAUGGAAGCAAAUGAGGACAAAGCUAUCGUUGAUACUGCAGAAAACAAUGCAAACCAAAAUGUAGGACACAUAUGUUGUUUAUAGGGCAAGAUUUGCCGUGUCCUCGGCUGUCUGUCUCCAAAGAGUGAGCGCAUACAUGCAGAAAAAAGCAGACAAACAUUUACAUUUACGAUGCUUUGUUCGAGAGGCUUGUUACAAACCUCUUUCGCAUCGCCUUUUGCUUUUACUAGGACUUUUAUGUAUUUCCUUUCAUUUAGAAGAUGCUUUGUUGCCAUUAUGUUGCGGUUGGGCUGUGCAUUUAAUCCAGUGGCUCUGUUAACAAUCACCCCUCUUAAGGAGUAGCUGAAUUAGCUCCAGCUCCUUCUACAAAAGCAUUUUCUCUUUGUUGUGAAGGUGGUGCUUUCUUUUGUAAUGGACUUCAAGUUGUUUUCCUCAAAACUCGACAUGUCCUUACUUCUUUUUUUCAUUCUGUUCUUUCAUGUACUCCUAAACAGCCGGAGAUUAAGGGAUGAAAUUGCUCAUCAAAGGCAUCUGUGUGUCUAUUUUUGAAGGCCUGAUGUUUGUGGUUGCUAACUGCUUUGCUAAACCGUUUACCCAAAGUAGAUUUUGAGAUAAAAGAGAGAAAAAUGAAAACGUAUACAUCCCUUGAAAUCUGCUGGAGGUUUAUAAACUCAUCUUGUGUAUUGAAUGUACAACUUCAAUAUAAAAAAUGUGGAUACGAAGAGCUUUUGAUGGUUUGCAGAUCAUUUGACCUUGAUUUUUCAUUGAGACAUGCGUGAAAAUGUUUUAAAUGGGCGUCAAGAUGGGACCAGUUUGGCUUUGUUGAAACAUGCAGGCCUUCCCUGAAAAGGGCAUUGUAAGGAUGGCUGCAUAUAUUGCUUUCUAUGUCUGUCUACAGUGUAUUGUUCAGCAUUUAUGGUGUCUCCCCAUUAUGUGUAAGCUGCCUAUGCCUUGGCCACUUGUCCAACCCUAUUCAAACACAGAUGCUGACCUUUGGGCCGCUCCUUUAAAGUCGAGAACGCUAUAUUGAAAUUCCCGAGAAGAACGUCAAGUUUUGAUUUGUCAGUGUACAGGACAGUUCCACUCCCUCUCAGUCCAUCUUGUACGGUCAUGUUCAUGUAUGAUGUUCCUCUUUGACAAUAGUUCUUUGAAGUGGUUUUAAGCCCAUGUUGUGAUAUCCACUGCAGAGUAAUCUGUUGUCCCGCAAUGCUUCUGGACGGCCCGAGGAUCGUGACCAUUCAGUAUUGGUUUUGGGCCUUGCCUCUCUUUUAUUUUAUUUUUUUAAGAUUUCUUCUGUUUCUUUAGAUCUUUGGAUGACAUGUGCUGUAGGACAUUAUCAAAUUAUCAAAAUCUGUUUUUAGCAUUAUUUCACACAGGAACCCACCUGUUUGAAAUUUGGAUUGUAAAGUGAUUCAGACCAUCCAACCCUGUGUUGGCCCCUCCAAUAUUCGUGAACGUCUACGCCCCGUGAUGGCGUCAUUCAAAUUUCACGCUUGCCUUUUGUCCUUGUGUUUGGUUUCCAUAGUGGAUCUGUGCAAAUAAAUGUUUCAUGUGCCCACAUUGAGUACAUGACUGCUGGUGUCCAGCUCUGGUUAGAGAUGGAUGACUAUAUGGCCAGCCUUGAUUGUCCAAUAAUGAUGGGACUUGGUGGCCCUCACAAAAAGUUUUCCAAUGAUGACGUCUUCUUUAGGACCAACUUCUUUUAGAGCUUGAUUUUUGCUCAUUUCCCAUGACAAGUUUAACAAGACGCCAUAGAUGUAGCUCUUUUGAUGCACAAAGAAAAUAAUCAGUAAAAAAUCCCUUUUUUGCUUUCAAAUCUGCAGGUCGUCUGCCAUAUUUAAGUCACAUAAAACAGGAUUAUUAGUUUAAUACAAAGUGAGAUAAAUUUGCACCAAUUCACAUGAUCUAUGUGACAAAGCUAAACCUGGUGACUUUUUUUUAGCUCUGUCGAUGGCACCCUGUAGUUUACUUCCCUAUUUGUUUGCAAAAUCUGCCAGAGCAAAUUCCUGCACUCAGGCACUCACUCACAAAUGCCACUCACUUCCUGCUUCCUUCAAGUCAAUAGAUUUAUUCCUCUGAAAAGAAAAUGUCGCAUCAUUGGUGCCUUUUGACAGCGCUGGCAUGUUUCGUGGAACCCUGGCUGCACACAGCGGUUCUUUGUCUGCUUGCUUGGUAAACUGUCUAAACAGAAACUUGUGCAUUGGUUUUGUGAUCGCAUUAAGCUCCAGGAACUAGAAGAAGGUUAAAGCUUUGCUGCAAAAUCCCAAAAGUCUGUUGUCCCAUCUGUGAGUACAAAACAAGUUCUUUCGAUCAAUUAACCCACUGGUGAGGGACGAUUGAAAGCAAGAACACACCCGCUCACAUACAAGUGUCAGGGACAUAAAUGUGUUUCUGAUAAACUGUGGUAAAAGCACGCCAGCAGUUCAAAGAUGAACGAUAAAUUCACUCACUGACAGGAACAUGAGAUGCAGUGAAAAUAAAGCUGUUUUAUUGAAUGAAUGUGGACUGAGAAAUCUUCUCACCACUGUGCACAUCUUCAGAAUCCCAUCACAGUGAAUCUGGACACUUUCCGCAAAAUGACAAAUCUCCUUUGAGGUGUCUUUCAGAGCAAAUAGAUAACUAAUUUGAUGAUCGAUUACAGCUUCAGAGGGGCGGCACACAAUUGUUAAAAACUGAAAAGAGAAUACAGAGCUGUCUGCCUUUAUGAAUGAUGAAACUACAACAGUUUAUGGUAUGAAACAAAGGUCUUCAUUUUUGAUUUGUGUAGGCCAUCUUGGUGGAGUUGAUUAAGGUUUUGGUGUAAAUUGGGAGUCAUACAAAUAAGGCAAUACAAUUAAUGUUUUCAUAUAGGAAUGUCCUGAUAUGGUAUUGAUUUCAGAUAUCUGUCCAAUAUCAGCAAAAAAAUAAAAAAUAUUGGAUUAUAUCAGCCUGCAUCUAAAGCCUCUGAUUUCAGCACUUUGAUACAAGCAGUCCACUCCAGACUCCGCUCCGGCACCUCUAUCUAACAGCACCCAGAUCUAUUAGGGAAUUAGGCAGGAACCAAAGUGCCAUUUUUGUGGAUUGAUUAUCAUAAAGCAUGUUCAAGAUCAUCCUGCAGUAACAAACAGAUUCCAUUACCUGCAGUAUUUUUGUUUAAGUCCGAAAAAGACGUUGCACCUGAGUGCAAUUCUUUUGAGUACCUGCGUACUCAAAGCUCCGCAAAUUAACAACAGGUAGACAUUUGAGAAAGGAUGAUAAUGAUUGAUUUUCAGUAAUGUAUUUGGCUUUCUUACUUUUGAGGUUGUGAUAAAUAGUUGAAUCUGGUUGGUCAAAAACUUAUUGGUGCACAAUUCUCAAUGCCAAGGCCCACCAUGAUUGAUCAACAGAAAGGUGGCUAGUAAGUUCAAGUUCAGAUGUGUGGGAUGUGGUCAGUCUGAGGAGCUAUUGGGCCUUGUCUUCCUCUGAAAGGAAAAAGUGGAGAAAGCUUCCCAGCUAACAGCAGCACCUUCAGGUGGGACAAGGUUCCAAUGCUGCGCCUGGGUGUAGCUCACCCUGUCAGCAUUUCUAAUUUGCAUCGCCAUUCGUCAUUUCUGUAUAAUGCUAGAUACAUGUGUGAUUGGCUUUGCAUCUUAAAACAGCGGGGUCAGGAUCCUGACUGCUGCUGCUGUUGGUUGGGAGCUGACAGUAGUCAUUCAUUAAAGUCAUGUCUCAGUAGUUCAUCAUGGGAAACCACAGACACCACAGCUACUGCAGAACUCCCCCGCUAGUCAGACACUGUGGAAAAGUGGGCAAUUUAUCGUUUAAUCUUAACACCUUAUUGUCAAAGUGCCAUCAGCUCGAACACAACAUUCACAGUUGUUAUAGUUUUCCAGAGUCUAUUGCUCAUGAUUGAAGAUGUUUUCUGACCAUGUCUGUAUGUAUUAUGGAAUUCUUUAGCAUGGCAUAUGAAAUCAUGGAAUACACCCCUUCAACCAAAUGUUCCAAUCCCUUCUCCCAAUCUGCAAAUUCCCACAUCAUCAUAAUCAAGUAGUGGGGAGAAGCCAUUCCCGUUCCACUCCCAUUUAAGUUUUUUAUUCAAAUCCCUCAAAUUAUGAACACUAAACCUUUCCCCCUCGCUCUGUGAUCCAGUCUUACUUUUGGACUGCAGGGAGAUGUCGGCAUUUUUUCAAGAACUAAAGAUCAGCCAACCGCAAGUCUAAUGCAUUCUCUCUGUGCUGCCUGAGCUUGGAGGCAGCCUUUCUGUUCUGGAGCUGCUCCAUGGUAUUACAUUUGCUUUCCAAGAGAGCACACAUUAAUAGUUGGGUUAUUGAGCAUUACCAAGCUCGAGAUAUCUUCAUUCAGCAGAGGUGAUUUCGUUUCACAGGCUGGCCAUUUGAGAUUUAAUUUAGACUUCUACCUUGAACAGAGAGUGUUCUCAGUUCAGACCAUGGCUUCUGCUGGCACUGUCACUGUUGCCUGACACUCUGUUCAACACAAGACUUGAGUAAGGAUGGAUUGAUGGAAAAAUUAAAACACCCCCAAUUUUUGUUUCAGCUGAAUCCCUCAACAGUUUCUCUGUUUCGCAGAGAGUGUUGGCCUGCUUGUUACGCUCUCACUGACAAAUUGGAGAACAACACCAUAAACUCGCAGUGAGAUUUGAAACUGGCAAUUUGAGCCCGUCUCUGUUUCCUCUGCAAAAAGCAGAUUUAGCAGUUCUCCCCCCGUGCCCUGCUCUGCUGUUGGCAUGACUUGGUACCUCCAGCUUAUAAAAAUGUGGAAUGAAUUAUCCUGUGCUAACAGAAACGGGUGUUAUUGAGUGGCUUGUUGCAGUCUAUUAAGAAGUAAUAAUAAAAUUAGAGACAGAUCCAUCAGCGAGACGGGGGGGAAGCAGGGGGUUUCAGAAUGAGAGUGUCAAUUGCGUUUAACCCUCGAAUCGUUAUACUUGGCCUGGUUUUACAGAUGAAUCAUUGUAUUUGAAAUAUUUCUGUCAAGACUGAUACCAUUAUUGUGAUUUGUUGUUGCUUAGCUAAGUGCUUAAGCCCCAUGUAGCUUCUGUCUUAAACUGCAGGGAGACCUUUUUGAAGGUAUCUCUGCCCAGUACCCCAACUUUGACACCCAUGAGUGGAAAAGUGUCAAUAUGAAGGCGCUUCAUUUCCUGUUGCAUAAAUUCUGUUAACAUCUGGCUGGAUUGAAUACUUGACCAGUGGAAACCCAAUAACAACAGUAAUCAAGCCUCACAAACACAUCGGGUAGGAAAUGGCGGACAGUGAAAAUUGCUGCCGUUCCGUAGUGGAGCUGUUCCGGAUACGGUGGAAAUUGGGGGUGACAGGCAGCCUGUGGAGUGACUAGAUAUUCCUGUCCUGCAAUCCAGGCAAUAGCAGCACUUCCAGGAUGAGUGCAUGUCCAAGUUGCCAACCACUACACAGUAACUUGAACUACAAGGGACAGUGAAAGUAGCUGAAUAUAUAAAUUGCUUUUAAAUCAAUAAUUAAUUAUUUGCAUUACUGUCUUAGCUGGCUGAAGAAUGAGCUUUGCAUUGGGUCUUACACACUUUAUGGGAAUUUUAAUUUGCAUCCUUUUCCCUGAACUUUAUUGCUUACUUACAUGAGAUUGGGUUGGCAUUAAGUACAGUGUUUCAGAAGACAUCUCAACAGUCACCAUACUCAGUUAUUCCCCCUUAGAUACUCAUAUCACUUCUUGUGCACCAAAAGCCGCUAUUUUAGGUCCACUUAGUCAAAAUCAAUGCUACACAGAUAUACCAUCAACCAAGAUCUGGUGACUCCAAAGGCCUAGCUGCUUUCAAAGAAUUUCCAGAAUCUCUCAGUUUGCAAAAACAUUGUUGAACAACUCAACUCUGAAAAUGAAAUAUUAAGUUACACAGUCCAACCAAAUCACUCUAAAUAAAGAGGCCUUAUCUGCUGAUGUCGGGAUUCUGCAAUCUCCAAAACAUAGCACCAAUUUUACACUCAGACCAGAGCAAUGUCAUCCAUGCACUCAUUUUUUCAGACUUGACAACUAUAACUCCCUUCGUCCUUCCAUAAAUCAGAGUGCACUCUUCGCCUCCAACUGGUUGAACAGACUUUAACGCCGGAUAUCUCUACACUGGCUUUAUUUCAAGAUUUGAGAUUGAUCUCAACGUUUUCAAAGUAGGUCAAGCUUUCUGAAAUUGAGAAAAGACUUUCUUUGUCAGAGUACUUUGUUUACAGUUGUAACUUAUGAAACUUAUUCUUGAAUAAAGUGUUCUGAAUUGACUGGAAAAAAAAAGAUUCAUCAAGCAUAAAAUCUGACAUUCUCUUGCCUAACCAUCUGUGAUAGAGAUGCCCUUCUCUAAAAGGACCUGCUUAUGAACACCUUGCAGCUCUCUUCGGAUUGCACUGCACUUGAUGCUGGCGAUUAGAGGUUGAAAAUGGACACCUUUCAUCAGCUACACUCAGCAUCAAAGGCCCAACACUGGCCCCCUUGUCAUGAAACAGCCUGCUCUGGUUACUUUCUGUUUGCCUUUCCAGUCAGUUUGUCACUGUCCUGAUUCAUGCUUUCAUCUGAAAGAGGUUUCUUGUUGUGCUGGCAGUGAAAUAUUACAAAAGUUCAAUCAUGCUGCCUCUGGCUCAUUGCACAAGAAUACAUGCAUCACUUGAGCAGGUAAGCCUUUAGCUGCAGAUGGGAUAAAGCUGCGUAUUGUCUUCGGAGUGCCAAAACAAAGUCUUGAACAAAACAACCUAGAUUUCUAAUGUCUAAGUCUAGUCAUCUUAACACCAAAGAAAAAUUUCAAGUAAAGCUGACACACAAAAAGGCUGUUUAGGGGAAACAAAGCAAGAGAAUCUGUAUUACCCUGACCUACAUUAAACCUUCCUACAUUUAGCCUUCUCUUUGGUUUCUUCCCUCUCUUUUUUUAACCUGAGAUAGGCACUGAGUGAUGGCCUCAAGCUGUGGUUUAUGACAAACUUUUAGGAUGAGAGAAGGAUAACAGGAUGGGGAAGUGGGAUAAGAUGUCUGAACUGUCAGCCAGUUUUCACUCCCGAGCCCUCAAAAACAGCAACGCGGUCAGCGGUUCGGUUUGCAAAAUGUGACGCCCUCAAGCAUCAUUUCUGGACAAGCCCUUCAGUCUGUUGUUUUGAUGAAGUGCUGAAGUUAAGUAAUGUAGAAUAGAGAACACAAUGACUGCUUUGAAUGGCCAUCGGGGUGAAGGACAGGUCAAACACAACACAAGGGACUCUAUACUCAAUUUGUUUACUGUAUAAAAAAAACAGCCGAUGAAAGUUGAUUUCUCCUUAAAAGGAAGAAUAUAAUUUAUGGUGCUAGCUAACAUUUGAUGGAAUUGGAAUCCAUUUUCUGAACCUCUCUGAAAGUUAGCAUUUUGUUACAUGAUCCAUAUUUGAGAUACUCGCAUAUCCACACGUCAGAACAUAUCAAACAUUUGUCAACAAAGUAUACCUCAAAAAUAGGUAGGAGUUAGUGUUAUUAACUUGAAUGCUUUAUUUUAAAAGUCUACCUAAAAUUUGAAAAUGUAAAAUUGUUGGCUAAAAAACGGAGACAGAGAACGCUUUGGCUACACAAUAAUUUGCCAGAUUUGAUUUGCUAAAGGCUUGGCCAUUGUUAGCCUCCUAGCCAGGCUUACCCUCUCCUCUCAUUUUCCUGCUCCUCAUAGAGAUUACAGGUGAUCCAGUUGCUCUAGUGAGAUAAAGCAUGGUAAAAAAAUCUGAUUUAGCUUGUUACAAAACAAACUGAGGGGUUUUGAAUCCUCUUUAUGACCUUAAAAAGCAAACAUGACCACCGGCCACAAGAUUAACAAAGCAGUAUUGUAAUUUUUGAUGCCUGAAACCUUUGUAAAAGUGUAGGUGUCAGACCAGAGAACUGCCGAAAACACUGAUGAAAAAGUCUCUCUAUAUUUUCAUCAGCAAACAUUCACACCAAGUGACAAGUUUGGCUGUUGACAGAAAGAAGGAUGAGACUUUUUUUUUGUCGGAAGAUACAACCAAGUAUCACUAAACAUGAGAUCUGUAAGCUUUAACUUUGAAGAUGUACAUCUUCAUCAGGGGGUACCAAAACCUAUACUGAAAAGAACGACAGAGGAGUCCACUACUUGGACCACCCCAGUCCAAAAAGUCUGAAUACGCCCCUGCUGCACAGACCUACUUGAUAGGGAGCUGGAUCGUUUUUGUCAGAUUGAUUUUGUUGAGAAUGUUUUGAGCCUUUGAACUCUUUGAUUACUAUUUUUGAUGCACUUGAUUUUGGUCCUGUGUUACAAUUACAUGAUGAUAAAAAUAGCUUCAUCCUACAUUGAAAGAAUAGUGACGGUCUUAGUCGAGGUGUCAAUCAAAUUUCCCUGAGCAGUUAUCUCGCUGAAGGUAGUUAUUUUGCAAUUGGGAUCACUUUGACUAAAGUUUUCCCAGAAGAAAGCGGCUGAACAGUGGUUUUCAUAGGCAAACAUCUUCCUGUCAAAGUAAAUUAGUACAAAGAAAAAGGUAAUGAAACAUGUUCACGUACAGACAAAACAAUCAGGAGUUUCCUUGGAUGUUAAAGGUUUAAAAUAGACAUUUGCUUGUUUUCUCCAUAUUUAAUCUCUCCUCUUAUAUAGUAAACUACAGGCUUUUUGCUGGAGGAUAACAAAAUAGUUGCAGAUUAUAAAUGCACUGGCUGAGCUCCUUCCCCUUCUCGGAAUCAGUUGAUGGUCAUUUGUGGUGAAAUCAUAUCCCCGCAGAAUGCGAGUACAACAUCACAGUCCAACCUAAGGCUAAUAAUGAACGGACAGGAAAAUCUAUUCAAAUGACCAUGUGGUUACAUCUGAGCUUUGUUUCCUCAUUUUGACAAACGUAACGUAAAUGCAAAAUGAAAUAUUAAUUUCGACCAGCUGAACUUUUUCAGCCAACUCCUUUUAAAUCAUGUGGGGAUGUUGUGCCCCCCUCCCCGUUCAAGUUAAAUAUCAACUACAGAAUAAACAGUCUUUUCUUGGAAACAAAUAUGCCAGCUGUAUAAUGUAACUGUAGCCACCUACACUCCCAAGACAACAACUUUUCAACAUUAAAAAACGAGUAAGUCAACAAAAUUUCGCAAGGCAAUCAUCAUUAUUGAGCUUCACAGCCAAAUUCUCGAUGAACCACAUUCAUCCUCCUGAUAUAUGAGCUCAGUCAGAUAUUUAUGAGUGUUUAUGCUUAAUAAAGACAGACAAAAAGUAUUUUUUCAGGCUGAGGUUUUACAAGAACACACAAUAGGAUAAACUGGAUACUUUGACACUGGUGAACUCCCUCAAAAUACCAUCAAUCAUCUCACUGCCGCCAAGGCUUUCCCCUUUGUGGGAUUAGUUUCUUGUUGGUUGUGCACUCUAGAGGCAAAUUGAGGUUAUCGGCUAACACAAAUGAUUAUCGCUACAUUCUGUUAUACCAACAAAUUUGUUUGAAACAUUAUCACCCUGAACAGCUUAAAUAGAUCUUAUUGUUGUGCAGAGCUACCGGCAAAACUGCAGAUUCACUCCCAGUGCUUGAUACCAUUUGGAUAACAGCCUGGCAACGAUGCAUGCUUUGUGUUAUGGUGGAACGACGGUGGAUAAAAGGCCUGUUUUACAGCCCAUCACUAUGUGGGUAGCUGUAAUCCUCUCUCCCCUCCUCUGUGUGAGUCCAAAGGAAACAGAACAGUCGUGUUUGUAUGUGUGUGUGUCCAAAUGUGUAGGAUCUUUCCCCUAACUUUAUCUGAUAGUAGAUUCUGAUGUGUUGUUGUUCUACAGUGUGUGGGCUGUGGUCAUCACGGCUCAGUAAAGGUCAUCUCUUACUCUUUUUCUCCCAAUGUUUCGCCUCACUUCCCCUGCCCACAACAUGUGUCGGUAUCUAGGGUGGGGCCUCCCAUCCUACAUGGCCAAACAGUGCUAUCAUCGCCAGGCCCUCUUCGCUUGUUCAUUCAUCAGCUCUGCCUCUGUCUCAGACUGUGUGGGUGUGUCGGGAGCUGGGUCGGGGUUUCUGUCCUUUCCUUUUUCUCGCCUCUCUCUCUUGCUAGCUCUUUUCACACAUGAAUUCCUGACAAUUUCCAGAUGAUUUCAGGACACUUACGGCCCCACACUUUCUCACACAUCAAACAGAGGGAUAUUUUGGCGGCUGUGUGAUCAAAGUAUUCUGUUUGGUGUAGGUGAGGAUGGUGCCUUGGUAGAGUUUAAAGGAGAGAUAGCAGGAACAGUCCUCUGUUAUGGUGACUCUUUCUGGGUUGAUAUCACCAGGAGUGUGUAUGUUUAGUUGACUGAAAGGGAUGUAACACUAUCAAAAUCUUAUGAUAUGAUAUUAUCCUGAUGAACAAAUCACAAUACUAGGGCUGGGCGAUAAACCGAAAUUUACCAAUACCGAAAUUAACGACAAUAACCGACGUCAUUUUGCCCAUGUCAAUAUAUUCGGUGUCAAAAAAAUGAAUUAAUAAAAGUUGGUUUUGGAUGUGUGUAGGUAGGCUAUGGUCUCAUGUCCAUUUAAGACGCUGUCCACCCCAUCCAGUCCAUAACAAAGAGGUAAAGACAGGUGAGGAGAUGGAGGGCAGUUCAAAAGUUGUAGUGGCUGGAGCGGCGAAGUUAAUGUGGGAGGGGGUGAGCAGCUUGUGGAGUAGUCAUCAUCCGUUUAUGGUUAUCGAGGUGAACUGCUCAAUAUAUUGUGAUAUUGAUUUGAGGCCAUAUCGCCCAGCCCUACUCUGUAUGGUAUUUAUAACAGUUAAACUUUAGUCUUGUUGUUUUGGUAGCGAGCUGGUAAUUGUGUUUGACUACAGUACAGUCAUGGUGGUAAUUUAUACUUUGGCUUCAGCGUGUUUACUAACCGUCUGAAUCUUUUGUUGUCAACCACAAGAAAGGAUGUAAAUGUUUGUUUUGAGUCUUUUGGCUCGACUCAUCUCUUUUUUCUUGCAUCAUCACAAGCGUUUUUGGGGUGACAAUUGGAGGAAGCUUCUCCUUUCACGCAUAUUCUCCAACUCGUGGGUCAUCACAGUCUGGCAGAGUGUGUGUAUUGUUUACGUCUGUCCAUCACCCUCUCACCUCUCUCUCUUGAGAAAACCCAAAAGCUUCCACACCUUUGAAUUGAAGCAUCCACAAUUCCUCUGCUUCUUGACACUUCUGCCAGAGUCUACCAUUUUUCUGUGGCGGCAAACAAAGCGUAGAGGAUGAUAAGCACAUUUAAGACCCUCUGUUCUGCUCCACGGUGACUGAAUCAAAACUACUUCCUCAAAGACACUUUAGGAGCCUGCCAUUUGGGUCUGCCAGAGAUUCACAGCAAUUUGAAUAAAGAAAUACUCAGAAAUGCAUUUUCGCACUGAUUUACUCAUGAUAUGUCCUGUAGCAUCAGAAAAAAGCCAUAUGACCGAGUAGACAACCAGAAAAUCAUGCUUUUUAUUAGAGUGGGUCUUUAGAUAUCACUACAGUGGGUAAACUGAUGUUUCCGUAUACAAGAGCAUUGGUAGAAAACCAAAAACAGGCAACUACGGCAAGUAAUAAUAAUUCUAAAGAAGCAAAACUAGACUCGAAAUGAAAAAUAUCACCUCUCGGCUCAUUUGCAUGCAGUGAUUGGUCCAGACUAUGACCUACUGUGUCUACAAAUGGGUGCAUUGAACUGCAUGCAAACAGAGUAACAUUUAUGCAUGCAGACCACCAGGACAAUGUGGAGAAAUUUUCACAAGAGCAGUCCACGAGUAAAAGGGGUUUUCUGCCUUUCUCUUUCCUCCUCUGCCCACCCACCGUCUGUCUGCUGACGUGGCCCCGGGGUCGUUCUGGGCUCUGGCCCUCAGGCCCCAAAUGUUCGCCCCUCCCCCCUCUCACAUCAACGCUGUGUUAUCGGUGGGAUCUGCGUCUGUCUGUGUCUGCCGGUGCUGCCAGACGCAGGAGGAAACAGGAUGCGAGAGGAUCAACUGUAAUCUCACAGCGCGCUUUGUUCCACACAAUCCCAGGCCGAUCACUGUAUUCUCUACACGCAGGGCCGCCACUGGACAUUUACAUGUGCCAACAAUCACACCGCUACUGGCCCACGUAGGUGAGAGCGCAGAGAGAGAGAGAGAGUUAGUGGUUUAGAGACUCUCAUAGGAAGGAGGAUGUUAAGAGACCCGUGGCUUUUGUUUGAAGGGUUUGGUGAAUAUCAACGAAUAUGGAAAUGUUAGGUCUGGAGGUUUCUUUUGUAAUGAGAGCAGAAACAUGUCAUCAGUGGCAUAUUUGACUCUCUGAUUAUAGUCAUGAUGAUAAUGAUAAGUUGAAUGAUAUGAUGUGGGAUUGAUCUGCAUCUCAAGUAAAUAUGUUUCCAUUGAAGAUGAAAGAAAGUCAAAUGAGAUUGAAAUUGAGGAAAAUCCUCAACAUUGUCCUGAAAUGAACUUGAUGAUUACCGUGUAAAGCACAAACAGGCCUCGUUUUUCCAUAUCUGAGCAGGUGAGGUCCUGAUUUGAGCUCAUUAUUAGGAUGAAAGGGUGGGAGGAAAGAUUUGUGCCUGUUUAAGCAAGUCUCGGCAUUCAGUGGAAAAGCUUUAUCUCCACCUCGGGGAGAUCAGGGGAGAAAAAGGAUGCUUUUGAGAUGCUUCUGUCAGACCAAUUUUCUAUGCCUGGGAGGCAGCUUACUUAGAUUCUCAGCAUUCAAAACCAGCAACGUUAAACACCCUCAUAAUUGUUUUAGCUUUACUUCUCUAAGCCCGCCUUAUUAUACGAAUCAAACCUCGGGACCCUACAGUGAGCCACUGUAUCAAAGCGUGUCACUUCCCAAAGCUCCAUGAUGUGAGUACACUGAGAAUGUGGAGCCUAGUUCUGGUAAAACAAUAUUAUUUUAUUGUACAGGAACACGGCUGUGCUAAUUCCUCAAGCUGCAAACCUCACAGACCACAACUUUGUCUAUAAUUUGCCGGGAGCAUAUGUUCAUAGCAACAGUACAUAAAGCGGAACGGAAAACAGUAGUAGAGAGCGCAUUAGUCAGUUCAGUGAUUGGUAUACAAAGCGAGGGGUUUUCCUCCAACUUUCUUCCCCUUUCAUGGGGCCCUGGAGUCACAGCUCCAGCACCAUCCAGCGCGGCAUUGGUUAGAGCUUGUUUUCAGUAUUUUUGGGUGUCAUAACUUCAUUCGAGAUGUGCCGUGCGGGAAAACGGUGCAGAGUGCAUGAAUUUAAACAUAUCGUGUUUUCAAAGUAUAUAAGACUCCAAUUAAAUUCACAGUUUUGAGGAUUGUUUUCACAUUUUUAUUGAAUUUUGCAGCAAAAAAAAUUCUUUGCUUUGUUUUCUUAAUCUUGUUUGGAAUGCGAAAGUGCAGAAAUUUUAAAAAAGUACACCUUCAACUGAUCUCAUGACAGGGAAUUACCGCACAGAUACAAAAGAAAGAGUGAUCCUCAUUUCUUUAGGUGUGUCUCUUUCCACCUAAAAAUGCUGUGGGCUGGUAUUCCGAGCAAAAGAAGCAGGAGAGAAGUUUUACUGAAAAGAGUUUCCUCCUCUUGUUUAUAGCAUACUGUCACCACAAGUGUAAAGACUCCUGGCCACCAGCAGGUGACACUUUCCCCUUUGUUCACUGUGGUGCCAUUUACCCCAUGACAGCGUGUUCCUGUGCCUAAUGGAUAUGAAGCUCCAAAACUCAGUGUAUCGUUGUGUGGCUGAGAUGUAAUUCUUAUGCAAUCCAAUCCUCCUCCCUGUGUCCCCGGGGUGUGAGUGCAUGUCCGAGGAUGAGGGGGCCUUUAAAAAGCUUUCCCCUUCACUGCUCCACCGACAGGCUCGUCUUGCGUAGAGAACCCAUUCAUCUGCACUGCUGGGCUCUGCCGCUGUGUGUCUGUUUGUGUGUGUGUGUUUGUGCAUGUGUGUGCUUUCCUCUUACAUGGAGAGAUCGCUGACAGUAUCCUAACCUGAAAUACUUCUUACCAGUCUUGUUUUAUCUGCUGCAAUUCAUCUUUUUGGUCUUAUUACUACAUGACCAGUUCCAUAAAAGUUGACACCCUGUGUGAAAUGUCCAUAAAAACAGAAUUUAUAAAUUGUUUCAAUCCUAUAUUUGACUGAAAAUAAUCUAAAGGCAACAAAUCAAAUGUUGAAACUCAAAUGUUAUAAUUUUGACAAAACAGGUGGUCCAUGGGCAAGGUCUUCGAUUUAUCAGACUACAGGACAGUUUUCAGUUUCACAUCAGUCCAGCUUGAGAAGUUGAAAGCAUUUCUGGAUCAUCAUGUCCAUGUUGGUUUAUUUUGUGUAGCCCAUGCAGGGAUUUCCACUACAGAGUCUCAUCUGUUAUUAACCUCUAGCAAUUUCACUAAAUGAGUUGCAAAAUCUUCCAGGUGUUUUUUUUUUUUGUUUUUUUUUUGCGGUAUUACACAAAUUUAGUUGUUCUCGUCCCAAUUCUUUUAAAAAAUGUGUGGUUAGCAUCAUAUUUCAAUGAGUAUGUAUUUUUCAUAAUACAAAUAUUUUUUGUUCUAACGUUUGAUAUGUUGUCUGCAUUCCUCUCAAGUUGUGUGUUUGUCUCUAUCUGUCUUUUUCUGGUCCGUACGGCAGAUGGCUGACCACCACAGGGUCUGGUUCAGCUCAAGGUUUCUGCCUGUUUGGAUUUUUGGAUAAGGCAGUGGAUUCAACAGCCACUUGUUCACGUCCCUUUGGUUCGUCUUUUCCCCGUCUUUACUUGUCAGCGUUAUGGCGUAACCAUUGAUUACGAGUGGUGAAGAAAGCAAGGCUUGUUGAGGUCAAUGACCAUGUUACUACAUCAGCUAUAGCCUAUACUACAUCAGCGCGGCCUGUACAGUGUCAUCGGUUGUAAAUCUCCGGUGCUGUGUCAUGUGAAAUUUGUCUAGUGGUGUGCCUGCCUCCGGCUUUAAACACAGAUUGCCGUCUUAGCGGCAAGCCACUACAUCCAGAGAUUUCUUUUUGUGUCCCAGCUUUCGGCAGACGGUCAAAAGACACGCCGGGCACUGCAGCAGGGGCUGCUGUCCAAAGUGGUGUGGUCAGUGAAAGUGAAGGCCGAGGCAUCCUGAGUCAGGAGGCUGUGAUACAUCUUUGGUUUUAGACUCUGACGCAGGGGUACGACAGGAUAUUUCCUGUUUGUUUAUGACGUUGGUACCUGCUCUAAAAGAAGCCGACCUCAUCUUCUUCCUCCCUACUUUCUUGGAUAGUGCAGCAGACACUUGCCACUAAACUCCAUUAGACAUCUGGUUUAAUAUUCCCCCAUUCUUCUCCCCUGGAUGUUUCCAAGUUCAUUGAGGUUUUCUGGUCACUCCAAUUUUCCACUGGCAGCUAGCGAGGCUAUCCCAGGGUGGUUCCUCCUGGAGGGCUGUCAGGACUCUGGGGCCAGCCUGUGCAGCGCUUUCUGCUGCUGUUAUGGGUGCUUUUUCCCGUCCGCAUUUCAUCAACAGCACGGCUGUUAAGCAAAGCAUGGCUUUCCUUUCCUUUGAGUAUGGGAGUGAACUGAUAUUCAGGCAACACAUGACAACAGAGCAUUGUGCUCAGAUGUAAAGUGUCCUUGCUGUGGUCACGUCGUCUUCUUUCUUUCAGAGGGAUAAACACUGGAUCUUUGAUUUGUCUUUUUAUUUCACCACAAUGUGAUUUCUGGACCACAUGCAUUUCACAAAGCUGGAAAUAAGUUUAACGACAGUUCAUGUCAAAUUCUGUGUGUACACGGAGUAACUGAGUUUGAUAUUUUAGUGUUUUUGAGUUUAAGAAUUUUCUUGUUUUUUCUUGACUAUGUAAGAUAAACAUGGAUAUGCGCAGCACUUUUUAGUGCUAAAAAUCUCAUUUCCGAUGUCUUCUUUCAAUGCACAGAGCAAAAAAAGAGGGUCUUUAUCACUGCAGCUCCACAGCUUGUGUAAUUGGCUUUCAUCAUGGCCAGGCUGAGCCUUGGCAGUGCCAGACCCACCAGGGGGUGACAACCAGUACAAGCCCCAUCAUCAUCAUCAUUUUCCCCAUGAGCGGCCUGACUCAAUGGGCCCAGAAAUGGGCAUGCAUCUAUGGCCCGGGGAAACACCCUUUCUCUGGAAACUGCCUUUAUCCUGUUUUAAACAUUACAGUGACGCUCUGUUUGUGCGUCCGAGUGCAAAUGUGUUUUUUACCAGCAUGUGUGAGCGGGGGUGGAGGGGAGUGUGAGUGUGUUGUGUAUUUUUAUUAUGUGGUGGGUAACAGCGUUCGCGUCCGUAUGUAUGUGUGUGAAUGUACGUACAUCCCCGUUGUGCGCCUACAUGUGUGAGGUGGGGGCAGCCGAAUGUUACCACAAGCUGGUGGGGCACAGCUUUGCAGCUAACCAAAGAAGCAAGUGGUUGUGAGUCAGUCCCCAUUGGGCAAACUUGUGGCUGUGGAAUUAGCUCUGCAGCACUGGUGCCAAGAUAGGAAAUUAACAGUGGCUUUGGGUGAAAACGUCUCAGAGAGUUCAGAGACGAGAAUAAGGUGCAAAAACUCCCUCUGAGGUAAGUAGAGGAAGUGGAUUAAAAAAAAAAAUCCGCAGCGGCAGGCUGGAGUACUUGAUGCAAAAUACUUCUAAAAUACCUGAAACUUAAUACCUAAAACCUAACAUAUCAGUACAUUUUACAACUCUGCUUUGUGCAACCAAGCGCUCUUAAGGACCCUCCCCAAUGAAAAUCAUGUUUUUCUUGCUGUUUACAUGUUCAGAUGGCAUUUUUCUGAUGCUAGAGAACAUAUCAUGAGAAAAACAAGUGUGAAAUUGAAUUUCUGUGUUCAAAUUGCUGUGAAUCUCUGGCAGACCCAAAUGGCGGGUUCAGAUACAGUGAGAUUUCCUAUGUCACAAUUCCAAGCUCCGCCCCCAGAGCCUUGCUCUACAGGCCAGACUCGGAGAAGUAGAGAGGACGAUCGUGGAACAAGCGUGUGUGUUAGCGGAUUGCAAUGCUUGUAAGAAAGCUAAUUAUGAUAUUAGAUUUUAUCAUGCCCCUUAAGAAAUUAGUGUCUGGGAGCUGAAUAGCUCCUAUGUUACCUGCUUAUUCUAAUACACCGGCAAUGUUAGACUGCAAGCUAGCGUGAAGAGGAGUGUGCAGAGCAGCACUGUCUCCGUACACGACUCAGAGGCGAAUUGUUAAUGAGCUACUGGAGCUCUGCAGAAGAAAAGCCCUUGAAAAUUACACAGGUAGUGAGAUUUUGUGUACAAAUUUCACAAUCACAAUUUAAGGACCACUGAGAAAACGAUUGGAGUUUGGACUUGAAGCCACACUGAUGCUAAAGCAAGCAAUCUUGGUUUUAUCGGACUGCUCUCUUGCAGUUUACAAAGUUACAAAAGAAAACAUUGCACAUCCAUUGAACUGAAAAGCUAAGCAAAGUUGUCCCCCUACUUUUCUGAGUGAUUUCCCUUUAAUUUCAUCUUUAUUAUUGUAAUUUAUGUCUGCAUUAGGGAUGUACAACAGCAAUGGAUUUGUCAGAAAUUAACUUUGCUGUAUAAAAAGAGAGAGAAAAGAAAUAAAUUAUAUCACAUUACAACCCUGUCCUAAAGUUGUGCAGAAAAGCUGAUAUAUACAGUUUAUUUAACAGUAUAUGCCAUUGGUCAAGCAUUUCCUUCAUGGCAGUCUAAAUGUAGCUUGUUGCUCUGCACUUCAGGGUGUGUAAUUCACAACAGGCAAAUUUCAGAUCUCCAGUUAUCAGUGGUGAAGCUCACAGCUGUAACAUAUUCUCACUUUGUUGAUAAGUGUUUUCCCACCUCUUGUGUCGAGUUUAGGCAAAGCUGUGUCAGAACAAGCUGGCGAUAAGCUGACUGCCUGUAAAUGGUACUGUGGUUCCUUGUGUCUAUUUAUGCAAGUUUGUGUGUUUUGCAGCUGUCUUGGCCAGGUCUCCCUCAAAAAAAGUCUCUGUGAAUCUAACCUGGUUACAUAAAGGUUAAAUAAAUAAACUGAAAAAAUCUUUAAAAAAAAAAAAACUGUACCUUGUUUCCAUGUGUUGAGCCACAUGGAAAGCAGGUGUGUCUAAUAGAAAAAAAAAAUGGAAAAAGACUCUUUUCUGAUAUUUUCACACUUUAAAACCAUCAUUUGAAAGAUUUUUACAGCUUUCUGCAUUCAGUUGAUGAUGCUACCUGCUUUGAUUCGACUUCUGUUUUUGUUCGGUUGAACUCAUACUGUAUGAUAUAAUGGUUCUUGAGACACUUGACUAAACUGGUUGUGUUAUAUUUUGUUCUGCUACACCCAUCAAAACAUGAGCCUUGCACAAAGUUGCUGAUGUAACUCCAAAUUGCUAAAUCUCUGAAGUUUGUUACCUGUGCCCUUCCCCUGCAAAGACACACUGAUAAACACAUGGUUUCAAAGAAUUGCGCUGAAAAGUUCAUCUCCAUGGAUAAGCCUUUUGUAUAUUUCAGCUAUUUGAGUCAGUUUUUGUCUGAUAUUAAAUACCAGUGCUGAAUUGUUGCAUCCCUAGUCUAUGAAAAAAUACACCGCCUUCAUUUGCUUAUUCCAUUACUCUAUUUCAGUGUAUAUUUGCCAGUGUAUUUAUUGUAAGCACUGAAUAUGUCCAAGGUUGAUUAUUUUGAUCUAGUGCUUUUGAUUGAGAACUGUUGUGGCUUAGUUUUCACACAGAGGUUUGUGUAUUUGUUCAAACUGCAGACUUAAGAAAACAGUUUUUAAACUGUCAUAUGUGACAUAUUUGAAAAAUCAAACACAGUGAAGGAGGAUUUAACUGGUUGGAUCACUGUCUACUAAUAAUUAAUCAUGAGGAAAAAUAUAACUAUAAAUCUGCCUCUAGGAAAUUUCUGACCUCAUACAGUCCUAUAUGGGCUUUGAGUGUCUGCAGGAUUCGGUGACAUCAAGUCACUUUGUCCAGACCCCUGCAGAUGGUGCCUGGAUUAGAAGAAUUACAGUGAAUUUCUUGCCAAACUAGUCUGACAAAACCCUUCGCCGUCUCUUUUCAAGCCAUUGACAAAAUGGUACAUCAAAAAGGGAGCUUUUUGCCCUUUCAAGUCAAAAUAAGUGCAUUUUACCUAGAGAAAUUCAAAUAAUUGCAUCUGAGGACAUUGCACAACAUACAUCAAAAGACUUACAAAACAUUCCUCUGUGCAUUGUGGUUAGCCUUGUUUCUGCUUCUCGGCCCCUCACAGAUUACUGCCAGUUGAAGGGAGACUCGGGCUGUAAUAGCCCACAGUCUGUUUUAGAGCAGGGGAGUGUUUUUAAGUCGGCCCUCUGCGGCCAUUAAGAGAGGAGUAUGAGAUAGCUCAGAAAAUUUUAGGAGGAGAAAGGACAGGGGUGGCAUGGAGGUUGUUGGUAACCUUUUGGCUAUGGAACUUCUCUGGUCCAUUUUCAUCUCAAACUGGUUCAAAAAAAGAAAUAUGUUGGAGACGCUCUCAAUUUCACUCUCAAUUUCUCAAUUUUUAGGGUUCUUGGAGAGACAUUUUUCAAUUCAAUGAUUAGAUGAUCACGUGAUCAAAAUUUGUAUCAACUUAUUCAUCAAAAACAAAAAAAGACUCGACAGCUCGACUGUAAGUUUGUUCACAAAGAAAUUAAGUUUAUAGUGAGUGUUACAUAUCCAACUUCUUAGAUAGCUGAAAUUGCAUCAUGUUUGUGCUUGAAUGGCUCAGUACUUUAACUUGAGUGUGAUAUAGUUAAAUGUUUGAUUGGAGAGAUGUCUGUAAGUUUAUGGUACAAAACGUGAAAAGGUAACUAAACGGAGAUGUUUGUCUGUUGUUGGGGUUAAAUUAUGGACUGAUGGCAACAUAAAUUUAAAACAGCACUUUUGUUUUUCACAAAAUGGUUUGCAAAGUUGUUUUUGAAGCUGAUAACUCUUAAUGAUUUACUAGUGUUUUUACACUCUGAAUGUGGGGAGGCAAGACCCAAAUAAGCAUUUUUCUUCUGCUUAUUCCUGUUCAGUCACGACUUAAUACAGGGCUUUCAGGUUUGUUUAGAUGACUGUCUGAAUAAAAGACGACUUCUAAUCAUAAAAAAAACCAAUGUUUAACACAACAUAAAGAAAAAUUCAGGUAAAAGAAUCUCAGGAAAUAAACACUUACCAGAGUCUUAUCGUAGUACUCGUAGUAUUAACUUGCUUAGACAGUUCCUCUACUUGUCAGUGAGUAAAGCAAGGAGACCUGCAGACCCCAGCUGUUUGCAGUGUGGGCAGCAGCACAAGGUGCUCCUGUAGAGGAAUUCAGCACUUUGGACAGCACCUAGACCAACUCUCCCCACUCUGGAAUUCCAACACUGCACUCUUGCAGACGAGGUCCAAGGACUUUGCGGUUUGUAAUGUGACCACACUUCUACCAAGGUGCAGGAGGGAAGCUGUUUAGAGAGAGGAAGGAAAAUACACAAAAGCUUAUCAAGGAGUCGAAGCCAACUUGGAAUUUUUGUGCACUUUUGUAAAUGCCAGAAUCUUUGCUGCUGAGAGUGACUAUGUUCACUGUUGGCUUAAAUACUGACAUGAAAAAAAGAGGAGAUCUUUGUAGAGCUCUGGCUAAAAUCAUUUUCAAAAGAGUUUUCAGUUGAAAGUAAAGGUACAGAGGAAAGUAUGGGUUACUUUUGUCAAAUUUAGCACUCUGGGCUCCUUAGACCGCUGUGUAUUGCUAUUGUGCGGUCGUUACUAAAGUUGGUAUAACUAGAGAAGCAAGAAGUUGGCAACAUUCAUCUCUCGAGGGGGUGUCUAACUCAGUGUUAUGGUGUGUUUGACCCUGAAUUAAUUUUAGGAUGGAAUAUCCCCUUAAUGAGCAACAAGUCAAAGGUGUACAGCCACCAAAACAAAAUGUGACACCUCUUCAUAUUUAAGAAUUGCUUAAGACACAUCUCCUUUUCUUCUUUCAGGCAGUCGGGAAGCAGCAUUCACCUAUGCCAUCACAGCGGCAGGGGUGGCCCAUGCCAUCACUGCAGCAUGCAGCCAGGGCAACCUGAGCCAGUGUGGCUGUGACCGAGAAAAGCAAGGCUACUACAACCAGGAGGAGGGCUGGAAGUGGGGAGGCUGCUCAGCUGAUAUCAAGUACGGCAUUGAGUUCUCUCGUCGCUUCGUGGAUGCCCGUGAGAUUAAAAAGACUCCACGCCGCCUGAUGAACUUACAUAACAAUGAGGCAGGGAGAAAGGUAAAGAGGGGUUUCAUAACCCUUAAUCCUUUUCCAGCACUGUUCCAGAGAGCACAUGACAACACAGAGGUUUUUUUUCUCAUUGUUUUGGCCCUUACUCCCAUCCCUUAUAAUAAUAAUAAAAAAACUGUCCCCAUGAAGUCAACUACAAAAAUCUAAUAAUGUGUUGAAACAUCGAUGCAUAGCCACGUGUCUUAAUGUGUUUCUCUGUCGAGGCGCAAACAGUCCCAGAUAAGGAGCUUAGAAAGUCAAAAGACUCAGAUUGACCAAGUUGCUGAGUGACUGAUCACCCAGAGUUCCUUUCAGCAGCUUGUUUUGCUUCAGGCCAUUAUUGACUUUUCAAGUCAUUCUGAAUGCCCGCCUCUUAUUUCCAAGUGAGUCUGUUGGCAAACUUUGUUAUGGCCACGUUUGUUUGCUGUUUGUCAUCCCAGAACGGUCACGGAGGAAAGGAGAAAGACAAAUAGUGUGAGAGGUAAAUAAAAGAAAAAAAAUAGUGUGAUGUUGACAAAUGGAUCUCAUUAAUAACUUGGGCUUUAUUGCGUCCACUGGGAAAAUAGGGCCUUGCCAGUGGUUGCCAGAUGGAGGACUGCCAUGUCCUCUUUCCAGUUCCUUUUAUGGAGUUAUGAAGUGUAAAGUCAGGAACAGGAUAUUAUUGCAGUUCUCAACACAGUACCAAAACAUGUCACUGCCAUUUGACUGCGCCUAUUCAGGGUGGGAAAGCAGGGCAACAAUGCAGACUGAUGGAGUCUGAUCUGCAUGCCAGUUGGACUCUCAGGGGAGUUGGCACGCUUAGGAAGUCAGGGUACGCUGAAACCAUACAUGACAAAAUCUUUCUUUUCUUAACAGGAAACCGUAAAAAAAGACUUUGGCUGAGUUCGCUUUGGGUUUACUGGACCUCACUUACAUUUAGCCUCUUCAUCCAGUUUCCUGGAUGGCUGGCUACUUAAUAUCAAAAACAACAGUAAAUGCUUCCACAGCGAUAUCUUAUAUUAACUGUUAUUGUUUAUAACAUGUUGGUUUAUGGACCUAGACAGAUCAUUUGUUUUGGGAAAUGGAGAGUUUUAUGAGCUUGCAAAUAUUGCUGAGCUUUGAUAGUUGUAGCUAACCUGCCAACAUGCAGAAAUGAUUAAUUUUUAUACAUGCCUUGCCAGACUAGCACUGUCAAGGUCCUAUUGUGCCAUUUUUUUGUUUUCUAAGCAGCCUUACCAAGAGGCACAGACAUCUUAGCAAUGGACCAAAGUGCAUUUCAUACAAGUUGCACUUUAACAUAAGUCACAAUGUUUGAUACGAUAAGAUACAGUACAAUAUGAUACGAUACAAUACACUUGAUUGCCCACUGAGAAGUUUCUCUUGGAUUCAAGUGCUGCAUACACUCAACCACAUCUACACAAAUAUAACUAAUGAAUAACAUGAUUUAGUAGCCAACAUCCUCCACUUGUUUGGAAGAAAACUACACUUUAAUUUAGUUGAAGAAGAAAUUCUUGUAGUAGAUGCAGUAUAUAGUCUGUAUUUGUGGCAGCCAUCUCGGUUGUUGAUUCAGGAGAUAUGGACACACAACACUGUAAAUACAAGUGACACUUGAUUGAAAACAGCAGCUGCAAAACGAUUUUUUUUGUUGUUGACUCAGUGGCUAGCUUUUGGCUAACACUGAACAGCUAAAAAAGGACUUCUUUCAUUCGCACAACUGAGUGAAGAUUAUGACUUGCAUCAGCCAAAGGGAAACCUAGACGGACCACUAUAAAAUCUUUAAUCUGAUGACAAAGACAUAUCUGGGAUUAGGGCCCGUGUGCACUAACGUCGUAUAACGUGCUGGCAGUGCCCACAUGCAGUUAGCUCUCGCUCUUGACCUAUAAAUUCUUAUGACAGAACAAGUAUGGGUUUACGGGUGUCAAUAGCAACUAUGCCAAUGUUGUAGACAAAGUUCACAUCAGAAGUCCUGCCUCUGUUUUUGUUCAAUAAGUCAGUGAUGGAGAAGUUACAGUGAUAGCAAUGAAUGUUAAACUGUUUUCUCCUGAGAGCACCAUGAGUGCUGAGGGAAAAAAAACACAGUUUAUAACUUAGGAAGCUUGAUGCUUAAAUGACUGAUUUGCAUUGGAGUUGUAUAGAAAAAAGACAGAUCUGAAAAUUUACUGUUAGUAAAUACAGGCCCUUAAUGUGGUUACUAAACCCUUGAUGAAAAACACACAGCAUUUUUAAAUAGGUCCAAUGCUGGUAAUUCAAAACAAACUUUUUUAUGCAGAUGACUAUCUUCUCUCUUAAAGUUUUCAUAGAAUUUGACUUCCACAUUCAUCACAGCUUUGCCAUCAGUGUGACUUUUUUUGGUUCCUAAUGACUUCCUAAUAAGCUAAUUGAAACAGAAAACUGCAAUUAUAGUAAAAACCAUGACCAAAUCUAAUGCAAAAGAGGACCCAGUCACUGGAAGUCUUUCAUCUUGCUUCAGGGCCAUAUGUCUGACAAGUGAUCUCUGGAUAGGAAGCUGGUCAUACUGCACUAAUUGGUAACAGAUCAGAGGCCUGAUCGACACACUUUAAGUAAAUGUUUCCAUGCGUCUGUCAGACCCCUUAUGCCUGGAAUUCUUUGUGGUUUUUGUGCUCUACAUUUUUGGAAAUCCUCAAUCUGAAUCAACAUUUGAGGCACGAUUGACAGCUUACCCUGUUUUAUGAAGUCGCAUAGCUCAUGUUUUUUCAAUCAAAUGUCCUCACAUCACAAAACUGGGACCACAUGGGUCUGUGGACAAGACAGACAUUGAUAAUGAACAACUCUUGUGUACAUUUGGCGAGUGUGAUCAAAAUGAUGACUUGCACCGCUGGCAAGGCGCAAUGCCAGGAAAAAGCUGUACUGGAAAAAUGCCCUGCCAACCAAACUCACAUCUUAUACAACAAUGACACGUGCUUCGUUCGAGCAAGUCCGGGGUUCUUACAGUUGUGGUAGUCAUGUCGGGACUGUUAGGAGGCGUUAAUCUGACCUCUUUGCUUUUUUAGCUCAUUGCAGAAAAUGGAGAGGGUGCAGUUUUUAUGUCUUUUGUCUCACAUUGCAGAAGAUCGACACUUGAGGGCUGAAGACAGUGCACAACAUUUCCCAUAUGCCCCUGGAUUAGGCAGCAAAGGGAGUAAAUUCUUCCCUGUUUACCAUAUGUUGAGGAUAACCUCAAAGAGAAACCAUACCCGUUGUUGAAUUAGGCAAUAACCUAAAAAAAAAAAAACUUUAUCUGCAAAUGCCUCUUUGAUUUAAAGCAUUUAACUGUAAUCCACUUUCAAGCAUGAGGCAACACUGCUUUAUUCUUUUUAUCAUAUGAAAGUUUAAGCAGUCAAAUAAAUGUCAAGUCCAGCUGUUAACAAUUAUUGGAGUUUGUCUUUGUUGUGUACUACAUGUGCAACACAUUUAAUAACACAAUAAUCCUGAAUCAAAUGACCCAGGAUGAUUGAUAGCUGUAUGAGAUUCAUGUUUACUUUUUAACUUUGAUGUGGUAACGGAAGGUAGAAAAAAAAAAAAGGAGAUUGAAUAUUACCAGUAAGUGUAUUUAUCUUUUCCACCAGGACAUGCAAUUGCUUGCCCUUCAUGACCAAAUAAAAAUUCCACUGUGCUUCUCUUCUUCAAAGAGUUGUAUCACUCAGCACUUUCUGAAUGAUACUGCCGUCCUUUUUAUUAUUCAUUUGGUGAUGGAAAUCUAUUACUUUUGAUUGGAUGUGUUACAUGUUACAGGAAAGGAGUUCUACGGCUCCUUUCGCCUCCUGUGAUCAGUUUAGAUACAGGAACCAUGAGUGAGAAGACUUCAGAUUGCAGUCAGGCUCGUAAGGAGCAACAAGCUCACGGCUAUGGGUUGGAGCUUGGCCAUUUAAGUCUCUAAAAACAAGCAGUACAAUCUUAGUAAUUCUUAAACCCACAGGCAGCCAUUGAGGGUCACUAAGAAAAGAUUAUAUGAUCUCUCUCUAAAGGUCCUUACACACCGGGGCCAACGCGAAUAUAGAACACGAAAUUACGAAAUAUUCUGAGGCGAAUUUUGACGCGCCUGACUAUACACACAAAGCACGAUGCGAUUUUGUGACUUUCCGGGGAGGAAAAAGACGCAUCCGGGGUGGAAGCGAGAAGACUGACUCAACAGCAGACUGACUGUUUUUCAGUUCUGAUUAGACACUAGUGCUGAGAUGGCUGUCUGUCAUGAUAGCAUGUACUAAGUCGGGGCCAGUACCAGAUAAGAACAUUAAACUAUAAAAUAUAAAUGUCAGGUAACAACCGGAAGACAGCAACGUGAUUGAGUUUGAGACAGUGAAAAUACAUAAGGUAUGUUGUAGCCGAACAGGUUAGCUAACGAGCUAAAGUUACUUAGCACAGAUGAAAGUUAAAACAAAGACCUUUAUCAAACUGUUAAAGCACACAAACCAUCGUCAUAUGAGAAAUUCGAUGCUAUGACUCUCCACAAGUUGUCCUUCAGGUCGUUAUCUUUAUAAUAUUUGUGUUUUUUUAUCAAAAAGUAUUCUGUUCUCCGACACGUAAACAAUCAGCCAGUCGGCCAUGUUGGAUAUACCGUUGAAUCUGACGUCGCAACAACACGCAAUCUGAUUUGUCAGAAGUGGACACACAAUAUGUGAAACUUUAGAAAAUUCGAAACAUGAUCCAAAAAAAUAAAUGCCACUAUAUCGCAGGACAGGAAAACGUCGCUGAUGUGAACGCUUGUAUUGACAGGAUACAGGUUCGAAAAAAAAAAUAUUGACAUCCGAAAUAAUCCCACGAAAAAAACGGUCCUGGUGUGAAAGGACCUUAAGUGUUAAAAGCUGGGCAGCAUUUUGAAUCACUUGCAGUUUUUGGAUGUUACAUCAAGUGUCAUUAAAUAGUUAUAUCUAAAUGAAGUAAGAACAUAUAUGACUUUUUCUAAGGAAUUUGGUUACCUAGGUGACAAAGGAAAUGUCAAACUCAAAAAUGAGCUCUAGGUUGCUGACCUCUUUGGUGGUGGUGCUGAGCUUUGAAGGGCAUAGAACUGGGUGUCAUUUGCGGAGCAAUGAAAGCCUACAUCAUGCAAUGCCAAAACAGUGAGAGACAGAGAGCAGGUGAGGGAAUCAAAUGUUAUAUUUUGUGUCCCCAGGAACUCUUGUUGUUGUUGUUGCAGUGGCAAUAAAGCAGGUGUCUGUAAUUUUUGUUUUUGCUGUUAUUAAAUAGAUGUCCACAAAUUUGGUUCCAUGACAAUUCUAGUUUAAGUUUUCAUAUGUUUUGUUUUCCUUACUACUCUCCAGGUACUAGAAGAAAGGAUGAAGCUGGAGUGCAAGUGUCAUGGCGUCUCGGGCUCCUGCACCACCAAGACUUGUUGGACUACACUCCCCAAAUUCCGUGAGAUUGGCUACGUACUCAAAGACAAAUACAACGAAGCCGUGCAUGUGGAGGCAGUCCGGGCAAACCGACUGCGCCAGCCCACCCAUCUCAAGGUGAAGCAGACUCAGGGCUAUCGCAAGCCCAUGGAGACAGACCUCGUCUACAUCGAGAGGUCGCCCAACUACUGCGAGGAGGACGCGGCUACAGGGAGUGUGGGCACCCAGGGACGCCUGUGUAACCGCACCUCGCCACAUACAGAUGGCUGCGACCUUAUGUGCUGUGGGCGGGGCUACAAUACACACCAGUACACCAAAGUGUGGCAGUGUAAUUGUAAGUUCCAGUGGUGCUGCUUCGUCAAGUGCAACACGUGCAGUGAGAGGACUGAGGUGUUUACCUGCAAAUAAAGGACACGAGAAACUCAGUGCCAGGAGGUCUGGUGCCAAGGACUAGCUAAGCGAGGAAGACACGGACGAGGGAGACAAUAGUGUGAUGUGGACCAGCAAAUGAUUUUGAGACUAAAGAAUGGAAUUUACACUAUCAGCUCUUCAAGGCAAUGUUUUGCACAGCAGAAUCUAUCUAAUUUCUUUCAGAAAAUAAAAGCUGAGUAUCAGUAGAUAACACCCCAGAACUUUACUAUCACAUAGAGAUUGUGCUCAUGUACUGAUUUAUCUACCGUGAAGUUGGGACUACAGAUAAUGAACGAAACUCUUGGUGGGAACUGUGCUUUGCACUCUUGGAUUUGUAUUUCUAAAUUCUCAAGAGACUGGUGCAUGGAAAGGGAGUGCAGUAACCUGGGAGUUGAUCUAAAUGACAGCAGCUGAUGAGGUUGUGACUGACAGAGAUCGGUCAAGUCUUUGAAUGAAAACCUUUAAAGGUUUUGAUGUAUUUUCACUAAAGUGGAGCAAAGGUGAAUCUUGACAUGAAUGACCUCCAAACUAGCUGGAGCUCAUGUUGGAUGUUUGUAGAAAUGAAGAACAUUUUGUAAUAUUGGUGCGCUUGGGUGCGCCAAGAUCUGAGUGGAGAACUCUGUUAAACCCUCUGCUGGCAACUGGAAUAUGGUGGAGUUUGUUAGCUUUCCAGUCACACUGGAACUGUCUGUUCUGAACACUGAAAAUAAAUUGUUUAUUUAUGUUAUAGUAUCUUAAAACGAAGCACUAACGGGUAGAGAUGUCUUUUUUUUGUACUAAGUGUAAAGAAAAAUACUUUUUAGAAACUCUGACUGAAAUUGUGUGUCUAUUAGACAAUGACCCCCAGUCCUUUAAACACCAAAUUUUUUUUCUUCAAAAGAAAAAAAAGGCUUCUGUGCUACUGGUGUGUGACAUCAAAAACAUCAAUACAGUGUGUUUCACAUUAAAACACUUUGGUUCUUUCAUUGUAGCAUAGAUUGUUUCGAGUCCUUUUCCCCUCACGUUGUAUCACCUAUUUGGAUUCUUUUGCAAUUUCAGUUUAUAGACAGUAGCAAGAAAAUGCAUUUAACUGCAGAGAACCUUCCUCAAUUCAUUAAACAUUAUGUUGCUGGACAUGUUGAGUGCUGCACUGAUAUUUUCUAUUCAGCUACAGUUACAAAAACUAAAUAAACUCCCGUCUGACUCGGUUUGACGGUGUACUGCUAAAAUACUGGUUCUGGUUAAACCUUAAGUCUGGUUUCAGUUUGACUUGACAUACCUGUUCAUGUAUCACAGAAGUAAUGGAAGACCAUAUCAACCCCUGAGUAAAUGCCAGGUUUAAAAAUCUCACUCUGGGUUUGUUUUUAAUGACAUAACUGUGGGUUAAAGUCGGACCAACCACAUGCUGGGUUGGCUGCUGAUUUAAACAAGUGAGCUAUGGGAAAAAUCGCAGAUGCUGAUUAAUUUAACCUAAGAACUGAGUCCACUCUCCUAUUGGAUCAUUAAUGCCAUAUUUUAUUAAACUUAAAGCUCUUAUGCGGAGUUGUUUUUUUUAUGUUAAGGAAAUACACUGAAACUCAUAUUGGUGUCUUGGUAAACAAAACAAAAAAAAGACCAUCAGCAACAAGUCUGAUGAUUUUGAUAUUAAUAAUUUUCAAACCUGAGAGGGAAGGGGUGAGAAGCCGAAGAAACAGUCCUGUUUUUACACUUGCCACAUUAAAUAUUCACAAUAAAUGAUACAUUUC